AUGCUCGAGACUCCAACCAUAAGACUGCGAAAUUCGGUCAUUUCGGGCAAACUUCACAUAGUAAAACGUAUCUUGAGCCGAUAUCCGGAUCUUUUAACGGAAAUUGAUUCUGCGAACGGAUGGUCGCUGUUACACUACGCUUCUUACUACGGAAGGUAUUUGGUGUGUGUGCAUCUGUUACAAUUAGGACACGGCAGGAGUGAGAUCCUGAAAACUUUCAAAAACAACACAUGCGUGCAUUUGGCUCUUUUGGAAGGACACGAACAAACCGCACACUUGCUGCUACAACAUUUCCCAUACUGUUUGAAUCUUAGGGGCUCUCAUGGCCUCACUCCCGUACAAAUGACGUGUUUGCGGGACCAUCACAAAUGUUUGAGUCUGCUUUUAGGUCUGGGCGCAGAUCUAAGUCUGAGGGACGACGAGAACUGUACUGCAUUGGACGCUUGUCUCAAAUACGGUAGUGUGAACUGCAUGCGAAUUUUGGUUUUGGAGGGUGAUUCAAACGAGAUAGAGGGUGAGAAUAAGCUUGGAAACUGGGCCCCGGAAGACUUGUGUAUGACGUUCCAGCUCGUAGAUACCUACCACAAAGCACUGAGCGAUAAACGUACGCACAGCCAGCUGCCGAAAAGGCCAAGCUAUCAAUCCAUGGUUUCUCCGCUAACUGUUCCCAAGCCGGUCUUUGAGAACAGUGGGUCGCCCAUGAUGACCACAUCCCCAGCCGUUCAGUUCCUUUCAUCACAGCUUCCGCCACUACCAGCGAUCUCCACGAGUCGCAGAACAUCUGUAGGUAGUCAUCAAAAUUUGAGAUCUCCAAGGACUCCGGUUUCGCAUACAUUUCACACCGGUUCGCCUAGCCGACGCCGGCUUUCGUAUCUCGGUCAUACCAACACUGCAUCAUCGACGUCUUUGUCGAAACGGGAUCCGAGCCCCACCUUAAGUAGUGCAAUACGUGGGAAACCAGAAGAUACCAGUUUCGAGUGGUAUAACAAGCACAGCGCAUCUACUAUGAGCGUGGAGAGCAACAAAAACAAUUCAAAUCGCGAAUCUUGCUCUGCUAAUACCCAAGGUACCCGAGACGACUCUCGAGAAUCCAUUCACCAUGCACCGCUGAAGAGUGACAAGACACUGGGAGGCAAGGAAAAUCAGUUAUCGGUUCUAAACGUGUCUGUAUCCAAGAUUAGAAGAUGA